AUGCAUCUGGGUUAUGCUCAAAUGCGCAAGACGUACCAACAGCUGCAAAAGGACCUCCAGGGCCGACAACCGCCGAUUCGCGACGAGCCUUCUGGUCCCAGAGGUGGUUACGAUGAUAGAGAGUACGGUGGUCGCAGCGGUGGCUAUGGCGGCAGACGAGGCGGAGGUGGUGGUGGCUUUGGAAGAAGGGGAGGUGGCAGAUGGUGA